AGGCUUAAUCCUGCCCGCCACCGUGCACCCCUGUUUCAGGGAGCCCUCCCUUCCACCCAGCCCCCAGCCUGUCUCCUCCUGCGGAUAAUGGACUUCUCUCUGGGCCUCCGCUUGGGGCCUCGGAAGAAGAAGGCUACCUACCAGGAGCCCCCUCCGUCCUCCGGCCAUGGACCUCCAACCGCCUCUCCCUGCUUGUCCUGUCCCCCUUCCGCCUGCCCCGGCCCCUGCCCCUGCCCCGGCCCCUGCCCCGGCUGCCCCCCUCCCACCUGCACGGCUUGCCCCUCAUUCGCAGCUCCCUGCCCUUCCUGCCCAGGGCUCCCUGGCCCGCCCUGCACCUGCCCUUGCCCUCCUUGCCCUGCCUGUCCUCAGUCCGCCUGUCCCCGUACCUACUGCGUGCCCUGCUCAGCCGCACCUCUGACCUGCGGCCACCCCUCGCCUUGCUCCGUUUGCCCCUGUGCUGCGGGCCAAAGCGCCUGUCGCGGCCCCGGCUGCUGCAGCAGCCACAGCUGCGGUCGCGGCGUCGCCCGCGGGCCUCGGGGCUCCACAGGCUGCUGCAGCCUCUGCUUCAGGAGGCAGGGGGCUUCUCCAGGGCGCUGCCUGCUGCUCUAGGCCGCGGGCGCGGCCGUGAAGGGUGGUUCAGCUGGCCCUGGGUCUGUGAGCAUAGGCGAUGGAGUCAGGAGGAGCGCUGACCGCGGGGGGCAGGGGAGCACUCCUUGGACAUUAGUCUCUGGCCGCGCUCCUGCUGGCUGCAGAACCUCCUCCUCUGCAGUUUCUGGAGUGUCCCCGGAGCGUUCUCUGCAGCCCUUGGUGGAACCUUCGGCCCGGAUGUUUUGUGCUGGAAAAUUCUAAGCGUUCGCUUAGCCUCAUGACCUCAAUCUUGCAGCAGUAAUCCUGCCCCUGUCUGAGACAGCCAUGCUCAUCUGUCUCAGGCUCUCAGUGGUCCUGGCACACAGGCCUCCACUGGGCUGUUUUUUUUAAAGGUGUGUGCCACUGUGCCUAGCUGACUCCAGAGGAUAGUGAUGUCAUCGCCUGAGUCCACGGAUGAAGCUCAGCAUCACCAAACGUGACAGCACCAGGCGCGGUUUCCUGCUGUCCUGAUGCUGUCCGACCCGCUCAGCACUACCUGGAAGAGAUCCUGGACAAGAAGCAAACAGAACGCUCAACAUGACUAACUCAAACCCCAGGGCUGUCUUUCGUGCGCACGCGUGUUCGUGGGUGUGCAUACCCUGUGUGAGCGAGCAGGUGCUCCUGGAGGCCGCAGGCUGACCUUGGGUUUGUUCCUUAAAGCAAUGUCCAUCUUUAUUUUGUUUUUCAAAACACAAUCUCUCACUA